AUGUAACGAGAUCAAAUUAAUUUCUCUUAUUUAAAGAGAUUGUUUCCAACUCUGGAACAGAUCUUGUAUACUGGCAAAUUCACUAGUUUGAAUGAGUUUGAUAAGUGCACUUAGUUGUGGCAUCAGGCUGGAUUUCAAGGACCAUUCUUCUUAAUAAAAUUAAGUGACCAAUUUGUUUUCAUUAUUUUAAAUCAAAACUCAACGUAAGAUUUCAUAAGGACAAUAAAAAAGGGCUUCACAUUUGAAUUGAGCAAAGGGACACAAUGGUUUUAUUUUAAUUUCUAAGAUGAAUAAUCAAAGGUAUUCAAUGUGUGGUUCUAGGAGUAAUAAGAUUUUGAAAAUUUUAAGAUUUGCAUGGAGAAGAUAGCAAAAUGA